AUGGGAAAUAAGUGGCCCACCGCCACCCCUGGCUGCCCUGCAGCAGUGCAUUUCCAUCGAAUCGACCCCGUGGUCGAGGUCGCAGAGGUCGUCGUCGAAAUCGACGCCUCGGUCCCGCCAAAUAUCACGACCAAAAUCCAAAAAUACCCGCCCCUGCACGAAGGCAGAGCUUUUAGCACUGGGUGCCACGGGUGGGACAUCGUCGGAUUGGGAUUGGCGUUUGUGGAAGACGACGGGGUGGACGGUGCAGGAGGCUCGAAGUGGCGACCAACCAGCACUGACACCGUUGUCCUCAGCGAAAGUAACACGACCAGCGUGUGGCUUCCCUGGAACGCCCGGACGCUUCAUGAUCCCAACAAGAGGGGGGGCAGGAACCUUGUGUGCCCUGGCAUCGGUAACGGCAGCCUCGGCGACCACAGCAUCAUUGACGGCAGCUGCAGUGGCCCCAGCAUCGAUGGUGGCAGCUGGGAUACUGCCGACGCUUGGAUCGACGCUCAGAACGUCCCUGGCGGCGGUUCUGAGCAGUUACAAGGUCCCCGUGUGUCCCGUGAGGAGCCGGCGAGCCUCAAAUACGUCCAACAUGGGCCGCCUGUAUACAACAUGGUCGGCCGGACGGAGAAAGGAAAGAGGGGGCGGAUCGAGGACGAGGGGAGGGGGAGUCUCGCGGGUGAGGAGGCUCAGCCUCGAGAUGCCAUGGGACAGCCAUUCAACCUGGCCAGCGCCCGCCUUCGGGAGGUCGGUGUCGCCGGUUAG